AUCAGAUUUAGGCCCAGCACAUCAUCACAUCUCGUGGUGUACGUCCGUCGUUAACCGCUGGAUCUGCUCAAUAUAAUCCUUUCGUUCGCCCGCUUUCUUCUCCAUAGCUUCUAGAGCUUCUGUGGAGAACAUUCUUGAGCUUUAGGCUAAAAUUUCCGCAUUACUAUGAGCGAUUCAGCUUCGAAAUCCGCGAAGGGAGUCAUGCCGGACACAAAGGCCCUGGAAGAAGGGCCCCGGAGGACUGAUGGUGUCUCUCAGCUAUAUGAGGGUAAUGUCUUCGAUGCAACACCAGAAGACCGCCGUCAAAUUGGCGUGGUCAGCGCCUCGUUCCUGAUCUUCAACAGAGUCAUUGGAACUGGUAUCUUUGCUACGCCAAGUACUAUCCUGUCGUUGUCCGGUAGUGUUGGACUUUCCCUGUUCAUGUGGGUGAUUGGCACCAUCAUUGCCAUGGCCGGUACCGCCGUGUACCUGGAAUGGGGUACCGCUAUUCCAAAGAACGGUGGUGAAAAGAACUAUCUUGAAUAUGUCUUCAAGAAGCCCAAGUUCCUCAUAACAUGCAUGUAUGCUUCUUACGUCAUGUUGCUUGGCUGGGCUGCGAGCAACAGUGUGGUGUUCGGCGAGUACAUCCUCAAUGCCGCUGAUGUCGAGGUUGACCGUUGGAACCAACGUGGCAUUGGUUUGGCCUGUAUCUCUGCUGCCUUCCUCAUUCAUGCCUUCGCCUUGAAAUGGGGUCUUCAUCUCCAAAACUUCCUUGGUGUGGUCAAGCUUGUCAUCAUCGUGUUCGUCGUCGUUUGUGGCUUUGUUGCCCUCGGGGGUCAUAUGAAGAUCGAGGACCACCCUCAUAACUUCCGCAACGCCUUUGAGGGCACAACGAAUAGCGGUUAUGGAAUCGUGAUGUCGCUAUAUAACGUUAUCUGGUCAUUCAUCGGCUACUCGAAUGCCAACUAUGCUUUGAGUGAGACCAAGAACCCCACACGCACAUUGAAGAUCGCCGCGCCAAUCGCCAUUGGAUCCGUUGGAGUUCUUUACAUGCUCUGCAACAUCGCCUAUUUCGCCGCCGUGCCCCGAGAACAAUUUCUUAGUUCCGGCCAGACUGUCGCCGCCGUCUUUUUCGGUAACAUGUUUGGCCCGCGGGCGGAGAAAGUUAUGUCGGUCUUCGUCGCCUUGUCGGCAUUUGGCAAUGUCUUGUCGGUGAUCUUCUCACAAGGUCGAAUCGUCCAAGAGCUGGGACGUGAGGGUGUCCUGCCUCUCUCGAAGUUUUUCGCUAGCAACAAGCCAUUCAACGCGCCGGCCGCUGGUCUGUUUGAGCACUACAUCGUCUCGAUUAUCAUCUUGUUGGCCCCUCCUCCAGGAGACGCUUAUAACUUCUUGGUCAACCUUAUUUCGUACCCGCUCGCCAUCAUCAACGUCUUUGUAUCUGGCGGCCUCGUUUAUGUUUACUUCACCCACAAGACGAAGUUCCCCGACUGGAACCCCGGUAUCCGCGCGACACUUCCUGUGACCAUCUUCUUCUGCCUGUCCAAUAUGUAUCUGGUGGUGGCACCGUACGUGCCCCCAAGUGCCGGACAGAGCGUCUACGAGGAACUCCCAUACUACCUGCACUGCGUGGUGGCCCUGGGCAUCUUCGCAGCCGGUGGAAUCUAUUACCUCGUGUGGGCCGUCUUGCUUCCACGCUUGGGCAACUAUGUGAUGGUCAAGGAAACCGUGGUGGAUGCGGACGGCUGGUCUCGGAGUGUUAUCUCGCGUCUCCCGUUGGCCGAAGCCGAAUCCGCAGCGAGACAAGAGCACUCCUAAGAUUGUUUAGGGCAACCUGGACAUGAUUUAUGAGUUCAAGAUUCAACAUCAUUAUUUUCAAGCGUAAUCAUAAUGUUUACAGCGGAGCAUUUGUUUGGAGUUGGGAAUUUCUGGGGAUUUUUUGAUUUUGCACAUUUGGUUUGGUCAACAAAGUUAUACCCCGGUUCAACAUGUUACGGAUACCACUUCGAUUCUUAAUAGUAU